GCCUUAAAUCAAAUAAAAAGGAGUGUUUAGUAACCCUGAUACGUUAUCUCUGAUUCAUCAAAUUGUUUGAUAAAACGUGUAAAAUAAACUGACCGUGAGUUGUUAAUUCAGUCGCAAUGAGUGUAAAAGUCGAAUGGAACCCCAAAGAUUGGGAAGUAAAAUCGAAAGCUGUGGAAAAACAGCUCGAACCCUUAGUUAUCCAUGUCACAACUCUAAUGAAUUCGGAAAAAUCCCCAAAAAAACGGAGUGGCAAGUCCAAAAAAUCUACAGUUCUUGUGAGCGUUUUGGAAAAAGCGAUCGCCAAUUUUAUACAAAAGGGACAACAAAUCGCUGAUGAAAACCCACAAAUUGCGCAAGAAAUGUCAGCAGUUAUUGAGGAAAUUCGGUCGAGUGGUAAAGUAAUGAUUGCCGCAUCGCGCGAUUUCGUCACUAAUCCUUGCAACACAAUCCAACGUAGCGAGUUGAUCAAAUCCGCUCGCGCUCUCCUAACUUCCGUCACACGUCUCUUAAUCCUUGCGGACAUGAUCGACGUCCAAAUCCUCCUCAAAUCCACUCAAAGUGUCGAAGCCGACUUGGAGAAACUCCGCGUUGUGAAAUCACAUCCAGAGCUUGAAAAAGCCUUCAAAAAUUUUAAACUCAACGCUGGAAAUUUACUUCAACAAGCGGCGAAACGCCAACACGAUUUGAGAGACCCUCAAAUGCAGGAUGACUUGGCUGCGGCUCGAGCAAUCCUCAAAAAAACCUCAACUAUGCUUCUGUCGGCCACUAAAGUCCACAUUUCGCACUCGCAAAUUGUUGAGGCGAGAGAAAACCGUGAGGAGGUUUUGAGGCAAGUUUGCCAGGCCGUGACUACGAUCAGUAAAGUGGCCAAAGGUGAUUUUGAGUCAGAGAGUGGAAAUAACGUAGGGAAACUUGCUCGGAAUUUAGAAAAAUUCCAACAAAUCGAUAAGUGUGUUAGCGAUAAGAUAACGCUCGAGGAACAACUGGAUGAAAUCAUCAAAGGGGCGCAACUUAUUUCCGGCACCGAAAGCGUGCGAAAUGAACGAAAGGAGAAAAUUCUGGCCGGUUGUCAAGCCAUCCGUGAGGCCUUGCAAGGUUUAUUUACGAAAAUGGACCCAAAAGAAGCGUCAAAACUCGGCCAUAAAACCAAAACCUUGAAACGCCAACUGUGCAAAGCUGUCGCCGACCAAAUCACCACAGUUUUCCACCCAACUCACGACCCUCUACUGUCUUUAUACAACGCUGCAAAAACCGGAGACCUCGCACAAGUCGAAGUUUGCACCUCAGCCUUCACCCAACAUUGCUCUAAACUCAUCGAGGUUGCACACCAAGUCUGCGAACUCUCGACCAAUGAAGAUGGGGUGAAAAUGGUACGUCAUGCCGCCUCACUGCUCGAAAACUUGCAGCCCCAGGUCGUAAACUCCGCCCGGAUUUUGGCACAACAACCGCAAAGUCUUGACGCACUCGAAAACAUGGACAUGUUCAAAAACGAGUGGUUGAACCAAGUCAAAAUUUUGCUCGAAGCCGUUGAUGAUGUUACAACAGUGGAUGAUGUUUUAUCAGUGUUGGAAAACUAUAUCCUUGAUGAUAUGAAUCAAUGUCUUGGCGCUUUGCACGACCGAAAUCCGGGAGAACUUUGCGAAAUUGUAGCAAAUAUCCAGAACAGGACGAAGCGAAUUUGCGAAAUGGUAGCUUCGGAGAUGGACAAUUAUGAACCUUGUCUCUACACACGUAAGGUUUUGCAAGCCGUUAAAGUGCUAAAUGAGCGGGUUAAAGAUUUCGAAAUGAAAACUGAAGCGAUUAUUCAAGUUAUGAGAGAUAGGCCUGAAGAAGAGUUGGAUGAGAAUGAUUUUAUUGAUACGACGAGACUUAUCUAUGAUGGGGUUAGGGAGGUGCGAAGGGCCGUACUUAUGAAUAGGGCCGAUGAGGAUCUAGACCCUGAGGAAGUUGAAAUCGAGGAAAAUUACACAACGGAUAUCACGAGAACCCAAACUGUGGAAGAAAAUUCAGAUGACAUGGGGGGAAUUAAUGUUGUUAGACAAGCGAUUAAUACACUCCCCGAAAAAGACAAGCGCAAGAUAAUGCAACAAGUUGAGAACUUCCAGAGCGAAAAACUGACUUUUGACCAGGAAGUGACCAAAUGGGACGACGCCGGUAACGAUAUUGUGGUCCUUGCCAAAUACAUGGGCAUGAUAAUGAUCCAAAUGACCGAUUUCGUCCGGCAAAAAGGCCCGCUGAAAACAACCACGGAUGUUAUAAACGCUGCCAAGAAAAUCUCAGAAACGGGCAACAAGCUCGACAAGCUCACACGUCAAAUCGCUGAACAGUGUCCCGAAAGCACGACGAAGAAAGAUUUGUUGGCGUAUUUGGAACGUGUGGCUCUUUAUUCGCACCAAAUUAACAUUAUAGCAAAGGUGAAAGCUGACGUCCAGAGCGCUAAUAACGAAGAACUGAUUUUGGCUGGGGUUGAAAGUGCGACUUCUUUAAUUGAAAAUGCGAAAAAUUUAAUGAAUGCUGUGGUGCUUACUGUUAAGGCUUCCUAUGUUGCUACUACAAAGUACACCAGAACUGGGACCAACAUACAAUCACCCAUAGUUGUCUGGAAAAUGAAAAUUCCCGAAAAGAAACCAUUGGUGCGGUUGGAAAAACCGAAGGAAGUGAGGGCUGUAGUGAGGAAAGGGUCACAAAGAGUGCCCCAACAUCCCAUAAAGGCUUUGGCCGAGUUUGAAUUGUAAAUUGUUCAAUAAAACCAAAGUUUCUGACCA